CUUCUUUGUAACCCCCCAGUUUCUGCUUCGUGUUGGUAUGACCCAGACUGACUAACAAGAUGGCAGCAGCGACGUUUUGGAGAAAAUCGCAGUUUUUAGCGGCAAAACAGACAUCACCUCUGCGCUCAUGGUUCCACCGUUGUGCAGUUCUUCAGUCCGAUGAGCCUCCUCAGUUGAAGUUCUUCAAGCCGCUUGAAGAUGCCAUGCUGCCAGCAGGAAGCUUCAACAACAAAGUGGCGUUCAUCACGGGCGGAGGGACGGGUCUGGGCAGGGCCAUGACCACCACGCUGUCCGCACUCGGAGCACAGUGUGUCAUCGCCAGCAGGAAGUUGGACAUCCUGCAGCAGACAGCCGAAGAGAUCAGCAGCCAGACUGGAAACAAGGUCCACGCAGUGCAGUGUGAUGUCAAAGACCCUCAAGCCGUCUCUCGCUGUGUUGACCAGAUGGAGGCUCUGACCGGAUUACCUGACGUGAUCAUCAACAACGCAGCAGGAAACUUUGUCUGUCCGUCUGAACGUUUGUCGCCAAACGCUUGGAAGAGCAUCACUGAUAUUGUUCUGAAUGGAACCGCAUUCGUCACUCUGGAGCUGGGAAAGAGACUGAUCCAGAACCAAAAAGGAGCUUCCUUCCUCGCCAUCACCACCAUCUACGCCAAGUCUGGUUCUGGAUUUGUGGUUCCGAGUGCAUCAGCGAAAGCCGGAGUUGAGGCGCUCUACAAGUCUCUGGCUUCAGAGUGGGGGCGCUAUGGCCACAGGUUCAACAUCAUCCAACCUGGGCCAAUCAAAACAAAGGGGGCAUUCAGCCGUCUGGAUCCAACCGGAAGUUUUGAGAAACACAUGCUGGAUCGCAUCCCAGUGGGUCGACUCGGAAAACCAGGAGAAAUCGCAAACCUGGCAGCGUACAUGAGCAGCGACUACGCCACCUGGAUGUCCGGAGCAGUGAUUCGGUUAGAUGGAGGAGAAUACGUGUUGAUGGCAGGAGAGUUCAACGAGCUGCGCAGGGUGACUCCGGAUCAAUGGAAAAUAAUGGAGGCGAUGAUCAGAAGCACUAAAGGAUCUUAAAAUCACCCGGACACUCGUCAUUGGGUGACAACCAAUCAGAUCGCGGUGCAGAGAAGCCCCACCCACCUGGUGAUGCCAUAAUGAUGAGAUACUGUGACGAGUGGUUGCUGGGAGUUUAGGUAUUUCACAGUGAUUAAUCGAUCAGCUGUGUGGCUGACAAAAUAUAUUUGAUUGUAAAAACUGAUGUUGAAACCUCAGAUAUUUGUUUAAUGAAAUGUGUUCGAGGUUUCCUCAUCAUAUUGAUACUGUAGAAGGUCUCAGAUCGGAGCUUUUCUGUGGUCACUGCUUAAACUUCCUCUUUAAAGUUUAGUAAUUGACCUAAAAGGGAAGGACUUUAAUCCUGCAGCAGUUUCAAUAAAACUGACACGAGUUCAAACAUUGA